UCCACUUGAAAUUGUCUUGAGAAAAUUAUUUUUUCCUCAGCCCCAGAUUUCACCUUCAGUUUCUUUGCUCUUUUUACCCUAAAGAAUCACUAUUGUACUACUGUGCCUUCUUCGCGACUCACUAUUUUGUUGACAAGAAAUUUGGCUUCAGCCUCCAGUUCGAGAUUAGCCUAGCCAGCGUAAUGGCGGCCAACGGGCUACUGGUAGCGGCACUGUUGCUACUAGCAACCGUUCUACCUAGCCAAUCGGCGACGUUCAAACUCUGGGACCUUGUGUCCAGCAAAGACGGCGAUGCCAACACGAUCACUCAACAAGGCAAGCACUAUCGUGCAGUGUCUCAGGGUGAAAACGUUUCUGUGAUUUACGAGAAUUAUGAUGGCGCGCAAGUACAAGUGGCGUCGAUUCAAGAUCGCGAUGACGUCAUGCCCGCUUCUUUCCAGCUUCACGUGACCGUCGAAACAGAGGCGUCUGUGUCAUUCUCCUGCGGCGAGACAACGACAACACCUGUGUCUGCACUGACUUCAGUGAUCCACGGCUCGGCACCCAGAACCGAGAUGACAUUCAACAACGAAACAAAUUCCGUCCACUUCACCGUGAAGCGAAAUACUGAGGCUGAUCCAAGCCGUUUCCAUAUCAACAUUUAUGUGGCACGUGAUAGGCUGGCAGCUGGUUCGACAAUUCACAUGUCAGGACGUCACAGCAAGGUUGAGCAUGACUCGAAAUGCAGCACUGAGGCACACAUCUCCCUGACCCACUCCAGCCACGAUGAAGAAGACCUAUGCUCCGAGCGCUCGGAGACCUGUGAACACCUCUGUGACCCAGCUACCGGAUCAUGCGCUUGCACAGAGGGUUACAUCGUCGACACGAAAAAUCCUUCCAAGUGUUUGGAAACCCACCUAGUUUCCAUGACAAUUCCAGGACUUCAAAAGUCCGCAGAGCAGUUUCACCUUCUCCCCGCUGGUCUCGAAAUGUACCUGGUGUCCCGAUUCAGUAACAUCGCACAGAACGGAAUUCACAACGUUACCGUCAAUCACGAUAAUGUUGACGUCACAACCGUCGACAGCGGCAGCGCUUCAGCACAGGAUCAUGCACAUCGUCUCGUCCGCGCUCUGAGUGACGCUGACGAAACAUUCACCACAGGCCUUGCCCUGAGCGCUCCAGUGGACGUCCGCUCAUCAUCCCCAGUUGGAGUCAGUGCAGCACGUAGCAAGCGUCAAGUCCCUAUCUGUACAAACCUUCAAGUAGUAGUGAAUAGGGUUGUCCAAGGACUUGAUCUCAAUAGUUUGAAGCUACCCACGGACUUCGACCUGAUGGCUCUCUGCACCGAUGUGACUAAAAUCGUCCGUACUAAGCGGGAAAUCGUAAUCCCCAUUCCAGUUCCCGAUGCUCUGGCCAGCACCUUACUCCCUGGUAGCAGCACCCUGAAGGAUACCACACUCUCACUGACUGUGUCCAUAAAUCCUGUUCGUGUGUUAUCACUCAGUGCCCAGACUACCCUGGUGGCAGGUGCCAGCAACGUCGAGGUCAGCAUAUCGUUCAACGUCGAGACUGGUGUUGCUACCAUGAGCGGCCAGGUCAAUGGCCUUAGCGUCAGUGACAUACUCUCAGUGUUCUCCCCUGGUCUGGCUAGUUCAAGCGGCUUGGAAGGUGUCUCUGCUGACGAGGUUGAGCUGAGCGUAGAAUUCGGUAAGAAAACAGCAACUCGAUUCUACUUCCGUCUGCUGAUCUCCUCUGCCCGUAAUGUGGCGAGUAGUUUGAUCGGUGCAGCUGGACUGCCUGCUGACGGUCUGCAGGACGCACUGGCUGCUGCGAAUCUGGAUUCAUUCGACAUCAGAGACGUUGAGGUUCUUGCAAGCAACGAGGGUGGACGAUUGUUCAUGAAGGUCAAUGGGCGACCACAGUUGCCCCAGUUUGAUGUGCCAAUCUUCGUCGAGAUCAGUGCUAUUGACGUGGGAACUCCUCAGCGAUCCGUCUCCUAUAUUUUCGAUGUUGCAGGAAGUAUCGACUUGGCUGCAGCGCUGAAGGGUUUCAUCCCAACACUGGAUCUCACCAGCAUUCCUGGAUUCGGCGAUCUCCAACUUCCAGGCUUCGGUUUGAGCAUUCGCAAGCCACGCAUAGGUCUUCCUGCUCUUCCCACUCUUCCAGAUUUCUCAGCUAAGCUACCCAAGGUUCGAUCGCCCCUACGCGGAGUCAACCUACCUCGCUUUCAGUUGCCCGGUGUCAAUUUCAAUGCCGUAUUUUCACCUAGUAUUGGAAAUCCUCUCUCCAUCGGUGGCGGACUCGGCGUUGGCCCAUUGUGUUUGAAUAUGAAGGAUAACGUCGAUCAGUCUCCUGCCAGCCUCAACGCUAUCGUUCAGUCCCUCUUCUCCUCAUUGGAUAUCCAAAGUUUGAAUCUUCCAGAGGCCUUUGAGGACUUGCUGGACAUCAGCGUGAGUGAGUUGUGCUACAACAGGACCAAUAAGACAUUCACCGCUGACGUCAGCUGGCCUAAUACCAUUGAACUGAUUCCCAGCAAGCCAGGAUAUCUAUCACUGACGAAUACCAACGUUAGAGUGGUCAUUGAUGCAAGCAGAAAGCCAGUACAGUUUGAUUUCUCAGCCGAAUCUACCACCACGCUCGCUACAUUCCCUCUUCAAGUCGCCUUCACUCGUGAGAGAUCUGGAGCCUUCAUGUUCACAGCCACACCAACUCGGGACGAGAUCACAACUGGAGAUGUUGCAAAGUCAUUCGGAUCUGCUGGUGCAGAGCUUCAACAGGCGCUGGAUGCAAUUCAACUGUCAGACGUCACACUCUCCAAUCUGAAGAUCGAAAUCUUCAAGACACCAGAUCUCACCAUGCGCAUGGCAGCAACAGUCUCCUACAGAGAUUUGCCAUCGGUUUCAUUUGAAAUGGUUGUCCACAAGCCAUUCCAGGCUGGUUCUUAUCUUGCCUUGGGCAUUCGUACCACCUCAACAACAUUCGCUAAGGUCGUAGGCUCCGUCCUGCCCUCAAUUGAUAUCAGCGACGUACCAUUGGUCGGGGAUCUAACGGUUCCAGCUACAGCUGUUCUGGUCCGUAGCACAGGAGCUCUGUCAGCUGUCAACAUGCCAUUCGACGACACUGAUAUCAAAUCUCUGGCAAGUAAGGUCACCACCACGAAGAUUUCCCUGCUCUUCCCCGUCAACUUCCCUCGUGUUGGAAAGAAGAACUUUAUCGCCGCCUUCAAGGGCAUCAGCUUUGACUUCAAGGCUCCGGAUGCUGACACUAGCCUCCUGGAUAUGCUUCAGCUGGCGGCUCCUGCCGUACCCAUGAGCGACUUGCAAGUGCCAGACGGCCUACCUGGUCUUGAAAAUGUCUACAUUCAGCGUCUGAGAGUGGAUGUGGCUAAGAAGUCCAUGUGCGUGCAGGCCCGACUGGAGGGACAGACGUUCGACAUCGUGCCCAGCUAUCUCUCCAUGGAUAGCAUCGCCUUCAACCUGUGCAUGAUGAAGAAGCGAGGAGCAACUGAUUUAAACUUCAAUGUGGCUGGUUCAAUCACCCUGGGUACCGUCCAAGCAGAGGCUAUGAUCACAAAGAAAGGCAACAUGAUCGAAAUGGCCACUUCCAUCCCUCAGCGUAUGGGUGUUGCUGAUGUUCUCACCGCAUUCGGAUCUACAAUUAUUCCAGAUGGUGAUGCGCUAACUGCUGUUCUCACCCAGAACGGAUUCGACUCGUUUGGACUGACUCAAACCUCGCUCAACGUCAAUACGACAACGGCCAGUAACGGAAAACGGACCAGUAACGUUGUCAUGACAAGUACGGCCGAUGUUGCUGGUCUCCAAGCUGGUAUCGAGAUCUUGAUCUCGGGUUUGGGCACAACGCAGAAGCGUACCGUAGCUGUCUUCAGUAUCAACAGAAUCAAGUUGGCAACGCUAGUCAAGAAGGUUAGUGGACUGGAUAUUGAUGGUCUUCCAGUUCUGGGAGACCUCGCAAUUCCUGCAUCCAGUAUCACCAUUUCCAGCAAAAACAUUGCAUCCCUACCGAGCGGCUUCAACUUCUACAAUCCGCUGGUGACUGGUGCCAGAAUAACGCAAGGCGUCUCUCUCAACUACCUGCAGAGCAUUGGUGGAUCAUUGAAGAACUUCAAGAUGAGCCUGCGCCCUGGCAGCUUUGACCUGGAUCUCGCUGAACUGCCAUCGCUUGAAGAGGCCCUGGCCAUGCUCAUUCCUGACAUUGCAUCCUACGACAUCUACAGUGCGCUGCCGAAUGUUGUUCCUGGAGUGUUCGGUCUCCGAAUCAAUCGCAUCGCCUAUGACAACAGCAUUGGCAAGAUGUCCGUUGAAGCGGCACUCGACUCAUUCACUCUCAUUCCAAACCUGCUGGAAAUCUCCACGUCCACCGUCAAGGCCACACUCACUAAGACGCCACGUGGAGUCCGCACUGCCAACAACAGAGCCCAGAUCACACUUGAAAUCAACGGUGACGUCAUCCUAUUCGGCAUGGACCUCCGCAUCCAGAUUGCGUAUCAGCAGACGAAGAAGGCAUUUGGCAUUCGCAUAACGUCGCCGUCCGGGGAGAUCAAAUUCGCCAAGCUUUUCGACUUGCUAGGCUCAGCCAGCAACGAUUUGACAAACCCAGCCGUGGCCGCGCUACAACUGCAGUCCUCGGCUAUCCGUAAUCCAGUCUUCGCAGUCAACAAACAGUCCGGAUCUUUGGCCUUCCGCAUCAAGGGCACUCCAACCAUCUCUGGAUUUGGCUUAUUUACUGCCGAAGCUUUGGCAAAUACGGCACCGCGACAGUUCAUCCUGACACUCAACGCUCGAGAAUUCAGCAUGGCCAAAAUGAUAGAGACUCUGACUGGCUUGGAUUUGAGCGGCAUACCCUUCCUGGGACUUCUCAACGGCCCGUCGAACAUCGGUGUGACGCUCAGCGCAACCAAUGUCCCGCGCAUUCCCUUCCCAGUGUCUUCAUAUCCUCUCAAUGAGACAACAAGCAUUGAUCGUGGUCUCGGAUUUACUGUGGCCUUCCGCAUGCCAGAUGACUGCAGCGGUGAUCCCAUCUGCAACUUCUGCCAGCUCAUGCUGGGGUCCCAGAGUAUCAUCUUCCGUGUGACGGGAAUAAACGGACCCCAAGCCACAGUGUCCUACCGCCUGCCGACUCAACUUGUGCUGGGACCACUGAAGCUGUACAAUGUCGACUUCGGCUUCUCUCUCAGCGCCACAAGACCACCCACAGUUGGACUGACCAACAUUGAACUGGACGUACCUGUACCGUUCCCAUCUGAAGGACAAGAACCACUGAAAUUCAAGGGCAGCAUGUUGAUCGACCCGACAACCAACGUCGAGGCAUCACUCGCUAUGAUUGGUAUCUAUGAGAAUGCAUUCGGCAUCCCAGUGUUCUCGUUCGGUAACGUCGACCUUGGAUUCAGGACGAACAUUGCGUGUCCCGUCUGUGUCUCUCAGCUCAGGUUUGGCGGCGAAGUAGCUCUCGGCCAGCGCUGCUACAGAGGAAACGCAGCAAACUGCGUUAUUGCCCAAUCCAUUUUCAAUGUGGAUGCUGUUGACGUCAAGAAUAGCUAUUUCUACUUCGCUGUCAACCAGCUGAGCUACCGUAAGAUCUUGACGGCCGUCGGUGUCCCUGACAAUCCUGCUCUGGUACUUCUUGAUGCAGUGAACAUGCGUAAUGUGGAGGCAUCGUACUCUUCCAUUGAUCGUAACAUCCCGUCAGGAAUCAUCCCCGGUGGCAAGACAAUCAAGGCUGGACUCACCAUGAAGGGUAUUUUCAAUGUCCUCUUCCUGGUCAAUGUCCAAGUGGACGUCACGGUGGAACUAUUGUUCGGCGUUCCAAAAUCAGUCAACGCCCUGGUGGCAGUCAACCCAAUCACACUUGGGCCACUCAGCAUGACAGCUGCCAGCGAUAGUAGUAAGGGACCAAAGUUCGAGAUGGUCGCCAAGGUCCUGCCGCCAACAUUCUACAUGAGCAUGGAUGGUAAGAUCUCCAUUCCCGCCUUGCAGUACACUGCAUCAGUUCUCGCCAAGAUCGAUAACAAUGGCUUGAAUGUAGAGGCUAACGGCCCCAUCUAUGGAUUCCCUGCAUCAUUCCUGCUCAAGGCUCAGUUCCGAAAUCUGAGACAACCUGAUUCUUUCGAGCAAUUCCGUGUUGCCGGUAGCUUCAGCACGUUGGGUGCCCAGCUUGUGGAUGGCGUCAAGGACCAGUUGGAAGCGGCUAGCCGUGCUACCAAAGCACAGCUAGAUGCGGCCGUGGCGGAAUUCGAGAAGGCUGACCGUGCUGUGGCAGCUGCAGUGGGCAACCUUGACCUGAAGAAAGUGGCCGAAGGUAACGCUAAACGAGCUUUUGACUCUGCAAAUAAUGCACUCCGUAGUGCUGAGGACACCAUCAGAGGCCUCUGUAGCAUCCGUGACUGCAAUGGUUGCCAGAAUGUACCCAAGCCAUGCACCAAGCAACACUGUAGCUGCAGCAUUCCAUCAGUAUGUUGCUCUGGCUGGAGUUGUAAGCCAUGUUGUAAGACAGCCUGUGUACCCUAUCCCACAUUCUGUGGUACCCACUGUGUCCCAUAUGUCGACCCAGCCUGUGUGACUGCUAACGGAGUGUGUGAAGGUAUUCGUAGUUCAGCCUUCGCAGCACGCGUAGCAGCCCAAACUACCCUGUCCGGUGCACAGGCAACCUUCAAUGCUGCCGCUGAAGCAACUCGUGUAGCCACGCAAGCUGUGGCCAAUGCUCGUCUUCUCUCCAGAACAGCGGCUGGUGUUCGUGAUGGAUUCCAGGCAAGCUUCAAUGCCGUCAACAGCGCCAUUUCUGGACUACUAAGUGCUUUCCGCAUCAACCACAUUGGCUUUGACGUCCUCGUGGAUACGGUGAAUGGUGGACGCAUGCAAGUGUCACUUGAUGUUGUCGCCGCCGGUCAGGCACAGACAUUGUCGACCACUAUCGACUUGAACAACAUUGCUGCGUACGCCGCUGAGCUGGCCAAGAAGUUCUACGGAAACUUCGUGUAAACAACUGUCGAUCGUUGCAGGUCUUAUUUUUAUAUGCAUCACACAUCAAGCACUUUAGCUUCAUUCCAAUAGUUUUUUUACGAUUAUAACUCAAAUUUCCAUCCAAAUUCAACGACAAUUUUAUACUUCACCUCCAACCCUGAUUAUGGGAACAUAGUUUAUACCCACCCUUAUUUUAAUUUUGAAGUAACAGAAUUUUAAACAUAGCAGUUAUCUGUGAUACAUUUUGACUCAUCUCAAUAAUCACUACUGAUCUACUUCCAUGUACAUGUACUUAACCGUUUUAAUUCAAUCGAACGAGUGCUCCAGUUCUACCCACAACCCAUGUGAACGUUGGCUGAUCAUGCUGAGCCCAGGCAGUGUACUGGUGCAUGGCUGAAUACGUGCCAAGAUGUGGAGGUACAGGAAGUCGAGUAGGAGCAUACAUUGAUAGUGCUAGAUAUUGUUAUACCUCACAAUGUUAAGUACCUGUUGAAAAACCCCCUUUUUUCGAUGCCAGGUUGCAACGCUAACGCCGAGACCCCUGGUCGGUCGAGUUGCUCCCUGCACAUCGGCACGUCGUCCCUACAUCCCCUGUGUCUUGUCUUGUGUUUGUCUCCACAUGUCUCUUUGUAGGGCUGUGUUCCCAAUAAAAAAUAAAAUAAAACAAUUAUCGAGAGGAUAAACCCCA